UCAAAAACUUCCGGCCUUAUCCACGCAGCACGGGCUGCCUUCUAGGCUGAGUUAGGCGCAGGGUGGUGUUUGCCGGGCUUGGGGACCGUCGUGUGCGUCGCCGCGGAUGGCGAGGGACCUGAUCGGGCCGGCACUGCCGCCUGGCUUCAAGGCGCACGGGACUGUGGAGGACGAGGAGAGGGACCCGAGCCCGGUUGCAGGGCCAGCUCUGCCCCCCAAUUAUAAAAGCAGCAGUUCCGACUCCUCAGACAGUGACGAGGACAGUAGUUCUUUUUCUGAAGAAGGAAAUCAAGAAUCUGAAGAUGACAGUGGUCCAACUGCACGAAAGCAGAGGCGAAAUCCAGACACCGAUGAUGAUGAUGAUGAUGAUGAUGAUGGGUUCUUUGGACCAGCCCUUCCUCCUGGAUUUAAAAAGCAGGAUGAUUCUCCUCCAAGGCCUAUAAUAGGUCCUGCAUUGCCACCUGGUUUCAUUAAAUCUACACAGAAAAGUGACAAAGGCAGAGAGGACCCAGGCCAAGUGUCAGCACACUUCAACUCUGAGGAAAUGGGUAGCAGUGAAGAUGAGGAUAUUGUUGGACCAAUGCCUGCAAAAGGACCCGUUAACUAUAGCAUAACAACAGAGUUUGAGAAAAGGGCCCAGAGAAUGAAAGAAAAAUUGACAAGAGGAGAUGAAGACUCAUCUAAACCAAUUAUGAGAGAGUCAUGGAUGACUGAGCUCCCUCCAGAAAUGAAAGACUUUGGUCUUGGACCAAGAACCUUUAAGAGGAGAGCUGAUGACAAAUCUGGAGAUCGGUCAGUCUGGACAGAUACUCCAGCUGACAGGGAAAGGAAAGCUAAGGAAAUACAAGAAGCAAAGAAAUCACUCAGUAAGAAGGAAGAAGAGUAUGUAUUAUCAGGAAGGGAUAAGAGAUUGGCUGAGCAAGUGUCCUCAUACAAUGAAUCAAAAAGAUCAGAAUCCCUUAUGGACAUUCAUCAUAAAAAAUUAAAGACUAAAACUGCUGAAGAUAAAAAUAAGCCCCAAGAGAGAACACCGUUUGAUCGUGAUAAGGAUCUCAAGGUUAAUCGGCUUGACGAAGCACAGAAAAAAGCCUUAAUAAGGAAAUCUAGAGAAUUAAACUCCCGAUUUUCACAUGGCAAAGGCAAUAUCUUUUUAUAAGUAAGUAUAUUUCAGUGAGAUACAUCGAUACUGAUCAGUCUGAACCCUUCUGAAUACUCCAUUGUCUAUAAAUAAUUAUGUGCACAAAUAUAUUUCCUUUUGUAAUAAAGUCAAUUAAAAUCUACAUUUUUUAUAAAUAAAUAAAUUGUAAUUGUUGAAAAGUCAGUCUUAGGAGACAAAACAUGACUUACUGGAAAAAUAGCUCUGUCUUCAUAAUAAUCUAACAGGGUAUUGCUGUUAGAAAUGCUAAAAGUUCCUUUGACAAGAAAUGGCAUUUCAAAUACAGCCAGGCAUGGUGGCACAUACCUGUGAUCCCACCAUUAGGCCAGGAAAGGAAAGCGAAUCUCUGAGCAUUCACAGCCAUCCUAAAGUGAAGAAGGGAAGUUCAUUGCUUCGCUGCAGGCUCUUCUUGACCAACAUCGCUGUCUGAAAGGACUUGUUGCUUAGAGGCCCUCUCUAAGCUGAGUUGGAACUAGUGCACAGUUUGUCCACAGUUCAUCUGAUGAGAGUUUGUAGUAGUGAUUAAGGAAUUACGUAAGAACCGAAGUUGCUUCUUAAGUUCCUCAUGAUUUGUAACAGUAUGAAACCUACAUCAGUAUUCAGAUGUGGUUUUAAAGAAAAAUAGGAACUUAGAAAUGUUUUCUAACUUACUGAAUUCUUUUAUUCUUACCUCAGAGGGAUUUCCCUGUAUGAUGAAGAAAAGAAUACACUUUGUACACCA